ACAACAAUGACGCUGCAUACCUAAUGUCCGCUGUCCCUUCCGUUGGUCCUGAAUAGGCAAAACAGUAUUCUUAAAGUAGCUUUGGACGUGACCAGUUGCCAGCUCCGGCCAAUACGCUGGACAAUGGAUUAUAAAGAAGAGUAGACAUUUUUUAAUAAAAGUGAAUCACGUUUAUUGUAAGGUCUCCAAAGAAGACAUCUCAGCAAAAGCUUUCCAAAGAAGACUCGUCUCAGCAAUUAGAAUAAAUAUAUUUCGAUUUUUUGGGGGGGCCAGAAGACAUUUCAGCAAAGCCAAAAUACUAUUUUCUUUAUUAGUAAAAAAUGAACCGGCCAAGGAUGCUGCUCGCCUGUUUGGCGGCGUUCAUCUGUUUGAAUGUAUGUGGUGCCAAGGAGCUGGCGUUCCUAUUGGAGCCCAGUGACGUCAUCGCUGUGCGGGAUCGGCCGCUGAUGCUGGACUGCCGGGUGGAGGGUGAGGGUACCAUCUCAAUCACGUGGCGCAGGAACGGGGUGCCCAUGGUUGUGGAGGAGCGGGUACAGGUGCUGCCCAAUGGGACCCUCUUCAUUCAGAGCUUCCAGAAACGACUAGAGAGAGAUGGAAGUGAGACGGACGUUGGAGAGUACGACUGCGCCGCCCAGAACCGCUUUGGCAUGCUGGUCAGCCGCAAGGCCCGGGUUCAGCUUGCAUUUCUCCCUAAGUUCCAUACCCACCCAGAGUCCAUGUCAGUGGACGAUGGCGGUGUGGCUCGCUUCAAGUGCCAGGUCAACAGUGUGCCUGAGGCCAACAUCACCUGGGAGAGGGACAGAACCCCACUCAGUACCACCGACAACAGGUACACUCUCCUGCCCAUGGGUAUCCUCCAGGUGACUGGUGUGAGGCGGAUGGACGCUGGGGUGUACCGUUGUGUGGCCUCUAACAUCGCCAACACGCGCUUCAGCCACGAGGCUGUGCUCAAUGUGACCGGUGGGGCUUCCAGGAUCUACAAGGAGCCAGUUAUCCUCUCUGGGCCCCAGAACCUGACCAUCACUGUCCACCAGACAGCCAUUUUGGAGUGCAUCGCCACAGGGAAUCCCCGGCCCAUCGUGUCCUGGAGCAGGCUGGAUGGGCGCUCCAUCGGGGUGGAGGGCAUCCAGGUGUUGGGCACUGGAAACCUGAUGAUCUCGGACGUGUCGCUGGAGCACUCGGGGGUGUACGUGUGCGCCGCCAACCGCCCCGGGACCAGGAUGAGGCGUACCGCGCUGGGAAGACUGGUGGUUCAAUCUCCCCCUGAGUUCAUGCAGUGGCCGCAGUCUGUCUCGAAACCAGCGGGGAGCAGUGCUGUAUUCACCUGUGUGGCCCAGGGCGUCCCCGAGCCUCACCUCAUCUGGCUGAAGAAUGGCAAGAUCCUGAUGCCCAGCGACAACGUCAAGCUCACCAACAACAACAGCACCCUGGCCAUGACGCGCAUCACCUCGGAGGAUGAGGCCAUCUACCAGUGCAUCGCUGAGAACAUGGCAGGCACCAACCAGGCUAGCGCCCGUCUGGCUGUGCCCCUGGCCAAGGAUCUGCCCGACUCCCCCAAGGGCCUCACGGCCACAGCCCUCUCCCCCAGCGCCCUGCAGCUCGCCUGGAUCCAAGUGCCAACCGAGAUCACCGACGGCAUCAUCGGCUAUGUGCUCCACAGCCGCAAGAUCGGAGAGCCGGACAGCAGAGAGCUGCAGGAGGCAGUCAGUAAAACCACCUUCCAGCACAACUUUAUCAACCUGGAGGCAGCCACCACCUACUCCAUCUACCUCAAGGCCUACUCCCCACUGGGCGCCAGCCAGCAGUCCAGCACUGUGGUGGCCACAACACUAGGGGGCGUGCCCACUCCCCCUACCUUCUUCACCAAGGUGGUGAACUCCACUGCGGUCCAGGUGCUAUGGGAGCUCCCCAGCAAGCCUGGCAAGGCAGAGGGCUUCAGGCUCACCUACCGCAGGGUCCCGUACACCGACUUCCAAGGGCCAGUUCAAUUCCCCUGCCACGUCAAUGCCCACACCAUCUCCCGUCUUGAAACCGGCGCGGUGUAUGAAGUCAAUCUAGUGGCCUAUAACGGGAACGGCGAGAGCGGUUGCUCCAAGAGGCUUGUGUCACUGACAGAAGAGGGCACCAGUGCCAAAACCAGUGGUGGGGAGAACCAGUGUAACUGUAUACAGGAUGGCGAGGGCUCGAUGGGCGGUAUCGUGGUUGGCAUUCAUAUUAGCAUGGCCUGCAUCAUCUUCUGUGUGCUCUUCCUCAUGUUUGGAUACCGUCGCAGUCUGUUCUGCAGUAAAGGGACUCAGGACAGCUGGUCUGUGCCAAGGGGGGAGGACCGGGGACACCUGGGACAAAACGGGAUCCCCAAAGAGGGGGUCACUCGUCCGGCAGAAGUCGCCCUCAAGUUAGUGCCUCAGAGUCGUGACUCCACAACUCAGGGAGGGGCUCUGGUGCGUCCAGCCCAAUGCCAGGUCCUCAUCGAGCAGCACUUGUCUGGUCUGCCUGGGACGGGCACUGGCUAACACUGGCCAAUAACCCCCUAAACCCCUCUUUACCAACCCUUAUCCACCCCAACGGUUUGCCUCUUGAUGGUUCCUCCACCCCGCCUGCCCAACCAAAGCCCCCCCCCCCGCCUGCCACCCUAGUGUCCUGCGAUGCCAGGGGUCCGCCAUUGUUCUAUCAGUCCCCUGAAACCUUUCUGCUGCUAACGAACAAAAGCUCAAAGUAGCUGAGUGACAAUGCUCCAUGUUUCCACUGAACUCUCUCGCCUUCCCUCCCUUCUCUUAAACCAAAGUCUAACACCUUUAUGUUCGGUGUACAUGUGAAUGCAGAAUGCUAGCCUUGAGAAAUGCCUCCACCGACAGAUUCCAUCCUAUUAUGUCGGGCUUUCUUAUGUUACUGAGGGGAGCAUCUAUAACCAAAAUGUUCUCUUUCAAUGGCGUCCCCUUGGUAACAGUACAUGCACUUGCACUGUACUUAUCUCAAGGAUCUCUAUAUAUGUUCCAGGUCACUUAGGAAAUGUUUGAACUAAGUGUACUAAACCCCACUGAGAAUUCCUGAUAACUUCCUGUUAGAGGGAACAGUACAUUUUUGUUUGCCUUUGAUUAGCCUUAGCUCUGCAAUUCGUAACAGACACAAAUGACAAAGCGGCCUUGUUAAUAGCCUUAUGGAGGUAUGAGUCUCAUUGAGUUGAUUGUCUUUAUCACCGUACUAGCCUUGAGACAGGUUGAGGUCUGGAGGAACCGUAAAAGGCAACCCCCCCCCCUUUAACAAACCACUCAAACCAAAUUCUACCUCCAAAGAUAGCUACCUCAGUCUGAUGUGAUUGUCCGAGCCAUAGUUGAGGCUAACGUUAGCCUGCUGGAUGCUACCUCAGAACCCAAAAAUAAAUCCUGUACCCUUAAUACCCCCUCCCCCCUCACUCUUUGUGCCAAUGCCAGUGUUCCGUGCCAGCCACUGCCACUGCCCCAUGUCAGGGUACCCACCUGGAUGCCUGCCGUGGGAAGCCAAACCGUAGGUAGUAUCUGAGCGUCACCGUCACCAUCUCCUGUCCACCCUGCACUUGCCUUAGCCAAAUCUUCUUUGUUCUUUGUCACAAGCACAAGCCUUUGUCCUUACCAGGGACCUCCUGAAACACAACUCUGUCUGGUUCGAAGCCUGAGGUGGUCCAACAGGUUUGAUGAUUUUCCUUCAAGAUACAGGGAUGACUUUUUAAGUGUUUGGUGAUCAUACAUGCGACAACUCCUCCUAUGUUGCACAAAUGUCCAUCUCCAAUUAUGUAUUUGUGAUUGGAUGGUACCUUAUGGAAAACAUGGACCUGAAAGAAUGUAUCUACGAUCCUUUGCCCCAUUUAGAAAGGAAAUGAGAUAUGCUCAGUCCUUUUUCAUAGAGUCCUCAAAAAAAAACAAGAACUGGUCAUCCGUAGAAAAGAUUAAAGUCACUUGCUUGUUUUGUCCACAUAAACGAGAUGGAAUUCCCCAAAGCCAAACAGGUGAUUGUUCUAGGCCAUGCUGAUUGGUUGGCUCUCCAGAUGCCAAAUCAGUUGCCAUUGGAACUUGCGGGUGCUGUGAGUUGAUUGCUGAAAAUAUUUUUUCCAGAGAGAUUAAUGGAGAUACUGACAUGGAACGCACGGACACGGCACUAGUUUCCACUGUAAAACACCUUGUCAGCCUAUCCCAAAAAGUUUUUAUAUGAAAACCAAGCUGAAUGAUAUCCAAAGAUGUACAAUUUGUAAUGGUUAUCGUUUUUUCCUUCAUAACCUUCUUUUAAGAGAUAAACUACGCCAUUGUUUUCAGAUUUUCGUUGUUCCUGUUUUAAGGGGUAGCCAGUAUGAAGUGCUUUAACUGAACCUAAGCCAAAAACAUUUUUUUUGAUUUAAUUGCCAUUGUAUGAUACCUGAAUUAGCAUUGUUUAAUUCCUUUUGUAUGGCUUUCUUGGCUUGCCCCUUUUGACAUGGAACUGUCACAUUUUGUUGAAUAUAACUUUUAACUUUUAAAGAGUAACCAAAUGAAAAUGGGAUAUAUUUUCGAGGAGAUGUUCUAUGUUGAUGCAAAAAGGAGUAUUUGUUUUCUCUUUCUAAUUGUAGCGUUGAAAUUGCCAAAUAACUAGCUGUCUUAUGGAAAAUACUAUUGUGAUCAAAUACCUUUUACUUUUUAUGACACUUACUCAUGACCAAAGCACAGGAUCAUCCAUGUAUGUAUAUGUGUGUUCUCUGUGACAGUUUGUGAACCUUGAGGGCAAAAGAUGCCAACACAAACCAUCUAAAACAGCUUUACAUUGUCAACAGAAGAUGGCCAGAUAAACCAAAGAACAUAACUAUUUUAGGGCUCACACUUGGUUGUAUUAAACAUGUAACUGAAAUGUUAUGAAAGUCUUUACCAGGGUAUCUUUGUACAAAAUAAAAAUGUUGAAUAGGCCCACAGUGGCUCCCAUAUUCCAAGGAAAAAGGACCAAAAUAUGUGGUUUCUUAAUAAAGCUCUACAGUCCUCAAGGUUCAUGUCAAACCCCGAAGGAGUGUUAAAGGUUUAAGCAGAAACACUGCAGUAAAAAGUCUGACAAAGACUUUUACUCGCAUCCUCGUUUCUUAUUUUAUAAAUGAAAGGGGUGAAACGAAUGUGAUACCAAAAGAAAAAAAGUUUUGUGAUAUGGGAGAUUUUCUUUGUGUGAAGUUGUGUAGUGGUAAAGCUAGAUGUAUCAUUUUUUAAAUACAAACUGCUGGUUCUUUUUUUAGAACUUAAUUUCUACUCCUCCUUUUUUUGGUCUCAACAUUUUAUUCUUACUGCUGUGGACAGAAAAAUUAGCCAAAACUGAGACUUUAUGUGAAUUUUUAAAAAUGUUAUUGUUAUUAAUAAUAUUAAUAUUAUUGCUGUUUUAUUUGACCCUUACCCCUUAUUUCCAAAUGUGUUUGUUUGUAGAAAUAUAAGGAUGAUGUGCAAAUGUUUGUUAGAAAUGGAGAGAAAAACAUGGACAUAUGUUGGGUCUUGGGCAAGAGGGUGGGGAUUGUGUUGAGAAGACACUUUAAUGAUAAGUUGUACCCAAACAGAGCAUGAAAUAAUAUUCAAGCUUUUCCUGGCAUCAAAGCCUUACAAAGUGAUACCCAUCUGCCCACAAGGCCCAUCAGAUAGUAAAAUUUGAAACAAAUGUAGAGAACUAGAAACUGAUUGCUAGAACCAAUGAGAAAAAAAAAUGCUUUAAUCUUUGUUUGUUUUUUGCUUUCUGAAACCCUGGUGAGUAUAUAAUAUGAAACUGAAAACCCUAAAGCUUUAAACUGUUUAGAGACGAGGAUGUGUUCUUGUCUCAGGGCCAUAAAAGAAAGAAAUAAAGAAAUUAAGUAAGUGA